AUUUGAUAUGGACAAGUAAAACAAUAUAUAAGGACUCAGACGAUCGGACGACCCCGGACAACAAAUUCCGAACUGCUAGCUCUGUUUGGGUAGCUUGAGUUGAGCUUGAGCAAGACUAAUUAGCGUCACUGCGAUGCACUGGCAUGUCGCCUGCAGCGUGCUGAAUCCAUGUAUCGGCAUCAGAAUUUCAAGCUCAAGUUUCAAAUCGGCAGUGUUGAAGCUUGCAACAAUGAAGACAUCGGACACCCACGAUGGAACAUGCUAAAACCAUGUGUCCGACCAGUCCUCGUUAAAUCUGGCGCCUGGACUUCGCCCUAACUUACAACAAAUCGGGGGUUACACGAAGACAAGUGACGCACCUUCGCUGGUUCUCGAGUUGAUUCAUCGUCAAGUUUGCAGUGAUGUGGUCAGGAUCAUCUAUUGGUGCUACUGGUUCCAGUUAUGUCGAGGAAGCUUCACCAGACACAUGCAAUAUCGUCAUUUUCGGAGAAACAGGAGCUGGCAAAAGCUCAUUGGUCAAUUUAAUCGUCGGGCCAGAAACAGCACCAGUAUCCUGCGACGCUGAAGGAUGCACAGCUCAAACCAAAGAGUACUUAUAUAACCUUGCAAUUCACAGCAAGACCUGGAAGGUGAAGCUUUUUGAUACAGCCGGUCUUGGUGAGGGCUCUGAGGGCAAAGUCCCUGACAAGAAAGCUCAGAGACUUUUGAAGGACCUCCUUCGAAGGCUUAUGGAGCAGGACAGCAUCCAUCUCCUCAUGCACUGUGUUGAUGGCAAAAAACAGGGCACAGAAACCAUUAAAGCACUCUGCCGCAACUACAAACUAUGCACCUUCGAAGUUAAGAAAAGAAUCCCAGUCGUCCUCGUCAUCACGCAUUUGGAAAACAUAGAACCAGAAAUGGAAAAAUGGUGGAAGAACAACGAGCGGUUCAUCUCAGAGCAUAGCAUGGCCUUUGCUGGCCACGCAUGUAUCACCACGCUGACUGAUGAUGCGACACUCAAGGAGCGCCACGACCAGUCAUACAGGGCCGUCCGAAAACUUAUUGAGGAGUGUUGUACAAGGAACGGACCUAGGAGGAACAGGCCUGAAAAGAACUUGUUAAAAAAAAUCAGAAGGACCGCGCCCCAAAGAAUCGGGCCCGAAAGAAACAAGCCUAAGAAUAUCGUACUCUUUGGGGAGACGGGGGCAGAUAAUAGUUCUCUCGUCAACCUUAUGGCGGGAAAGGAAGUGUCAGUCGCAUCUCCUGACCUGCAACGUUGUACGAUGCACUGGGAAGACUACAUCAUCGACCUCGGAGACGAGACUUACAAGGUGUUCGAUACUAUUGGACUUGAGGAGCCGCAGCUGGGGAUCAGAGAAUACCUCGAAUCUGUCGACAACGCCUAUAGGCUCAUCAAGGAAUUGGACCGACAAGGCGGCGUUGAUCUGCUUUUGUUCUGCAUUCGCCCUUGCCGAAUAAAUGCUACGCUUUACAGCAAUUAUAAGCUGUUUCACGAUUACCUCUGCGAGGGGAAUGUUCCUAUCGUUCUUGUGAUCACGCACCUAGAAAGAGAGAUGGAGGACUGGUGGGAGAGAGUACAGAAUAAAUUCGAAUGUUACGGGAUCCGGGUCGCUGAUCACGCAUGCAUCCUCGCCGCUGAUGGAUUGGAUGGCCCAUACGAAACCCAUGAUGAUGAAGUCAUGAUCCGCAAUCUCGUGGAGAGGUUUACUGCCAACGGGCAGAAGCCAGCAUGGAUAGGAGGGGACAAUCUGUUUGUGUCGUUGAUGCGUAAGCUGAAGGAGCUACCUGGUGGGAAUUUGCGUGUGAAGGGGGUGAGUAUUGUCUCUCGCCUGAUGAAGCGUUGCGAUACGUCUCGACGGGUCGCAAGAAAGUUGGCUUAUAUGAUCAAGCAAGAUGCGGCUACAAGUUGAGCCUUUUUCAAUAACUUACACAGUAGGCUUUGUUGACAUCGAUACUUAAUGCUCACUACUUGAGACCAACUACAGUCGGGAGCCUAUUUGUUCUUGUUUGUUCCUAUAUCAGUACC